CUUCACUCCAUGCCCGAUGCACCCGUCCGUACACCACACUUCAUGGCACCACCUCCACCACACCUCCGUCACGUACCACUGCAUUCUAAUCUUUAGCUUCAGCGCGCUGCACUCCUCACGCGGGCCGCCUCUUUGAAUGGCUCCAAGACCAAGUCCGUUGUCUUACAGGCCGACUCGGACUGCCUGCCUACUCUAGCCUUGCCGCGCCGCGGCAGUCUCACUCCGCUACUGUACAUACUGUAUUCUUGAUCCUCUGUCUGUAGGAGAGAGGCUCGCUAGUCCGAAAACUUAAUCGCCUGAUCCAGCCAGAGCGCUGUCCUCCCCAAGUCGCGUACACACUGACGGGCAGUCUUGUGCCAGUCUUGUGCCAUCGUCUGCGCGCCUUGGUUGCGCUUGAAGCCAGACCGUUUUACUAUUUACCCUAAAUAGUAUUUACGAGGAGGCGUCGUCCAGCCGAGCCCGGGUUCGCAUCGGAAUUAGGGGUCACCCGAGCCGUCCGUCCUAAGUAGCAGGAGAAAAUUCGCCUUCGUCGCGCCUCCUCGUCGCGUUACCGCGUGCGCCCUCGCGGUCUUUCCGAACGAGUCGUUUUUGGUCGUCGUCGCUAGGACCUCUCAGCGCGAGCCUGUCCGAGAUAGCUUGCCGGAGUGGGGAUUCGAAGCUUCUGAGCGUAAAUUCAGGUUAUUUUUUUAGGCGCCCCAAAAAGCAUAGUCGACUCGACUUCUCGCCCGAGGGUGAAUUCGAGUUUCAGGGCACAGGCAUCGCCCAGCAUUCAGGCCCGCAUUCAGGCCCGGCAUUCAGGCCCGGCAUUCAGGCCCGGCAUUCAGGCCCGGCAUUCAGGCCCGGCAUUCAGGCCCUGACUGAUCAUUCGCGCGGAACGCACUCUGAUCGCACUGAUUGGACGCAACUCUGUUCGGAUCGCGCUGCGGGUCUUUCCAAUCGACCACUGACGCCACGUGGCAAACCGCAGCUCCUCCUCCUACGUCGCAAUAUGCGGUGGCUCGCAGCUACGUUGGCGACUGCGGACACACGUCGCGGCGGCGGCGGCGGCGGCAGCGGCGGAAAGUGUGAUGAUGGGAGGCCUUGCGGGAGGAAGCGUCUCGGCGAUUGCGGAAGGCGACCCCAUCGCAGCAGCGUUGCUGCUGUAGUAACGCGGCACGAGCAGAGCGAUCGUCGGCGUCAUCAUGCCGACGAUGGCGCUGCGCCAUUCGCCACGGCGUGGCGGUACAUUAUAGCGGCGCUUCUUCUCUUGCACCUGCCGGCCGCGACAGGCGACUUCGACGCAUUCCGCACGGCCUUGGUGUGCGGUGGCAACGGCAGGGGCAGCAUCAGCCUAGCGCUCGGCACGUGUGGCAGCGGGGCAGCAUGUGUGGCGUACAAGCUCACCGUCACUACGCCCAAGGACACACCGCCCUCUCUGCUCUCCCUCCUCUCCCCCACCGCCUCCAACACCACCACGGCCACCACCGCUGCCAAUACCAGCAGCACCAGCAGCAGCACCAGUACAGCUCCACCCUGCACGAGUGCCACGUGUCCCUUCCCCCUGCUGCCAGAUGUGAUCACAUGGAGGAAGCCCGGUGCUGCAGCUGCUGGCGCCCCCACUCUGUGGGAAGCCGUGGGCCUGUUUCAAGUGCCGUCCCCCCCUGCUGCCGCUGCUGCUGCGGCUGUUGUCACUGCAGCUGAUGCUAUCACUACUCUGGAUGCUGUUUCGGCUGCUGCUGCUGCCGCCACCACCACCACCGCUACUGCUGCUGCCGCCAGCGCUGUUGAGCGCUCGUUGCUGGUAUUCCCUGCUGCGAAGGUCACCACUCCCUCCCCUCCCCCUCCUCUCACUGACACCAUCACCACUACUGGCAACGGCAACGGCAACGGCAACGGAAAUGGGAAUGGGAACGGGAAUGGUAACAAGAGCCCUCCGCCCUCCAGUCCUCCGCCCUCCAGUCCUCCGCCCUCCAGUCCUCCGCCCUCCAGUCCUCCUCCUUCCUCCCCUCCCCCUUCCGCUCCCCCUUCCUCUCCUCCCCCUUCCCCCACCAACACCACUGGCAAUGGCAGCAGCAACAGCAAUGGCAAUGGUAAUGGCAAUGGCAAUGGCAAUGGCAAUGGCAAUGGGAAUGGGAAUGGGAACAAAAGCCUUCCUCCCCCUCCUCCCUCUCCUUCUCCUCCCUCUCCUCCCCCGUCUCUCCCUCCUCCCUCUCCGCCUCCUCCCUCUCCCCCUCCUCCCUCUCCCCCUCCUCCCUCUCCUCCUCCUCCCUCUCCCCCUCCUCCCUCUCCUCCUCCUCCCUCUCCCCCACCUCCCUCUCCCCCUCCUCCCUCUCCCCCUACUCCCUCUCCCCCUCCUCCCUCUCCCCCUACUCCCUCUCCCCCAUCUCCCUCUCCCCCUCAACCCCCGUCCCCCCUCAUCCGCCCUCCCCUGAACCCUCAUCGCCUCCCCUUCUGUCUCCCCCCCUCUCCUCUCCCCCUGACCCCCCUGCUUUCCCUCCUCCUGAUGCCCCGGUUAAUGGGAAUGGCAAUGGCAAUGGCAAUGGCAAUGGCAAUGGCAAUGGCAAUGGCAACGGGAAUGGGAAUGCGAAUGCGAAUGCGAAUGGCAAUGGGAACAAAAGCCCUCCUCCCUCCUCUCCUCCUCCUUCCCCUACUCUGCCCAUUUCUCCAGUCACCUCCCCCCCUCCCGAGCUCCCUGCACUCCCUUCUCUCUCCCCCCCUAUCCAAUCUCCCCCUGAACCCCCUGCUUUCCCUCCUCCUGAUGCCCCGGUUAAUGGGAAUGGCAAUGGCAAUGGCAAUGGCAACGGGAACGGGAAUGGGAAUGCGAAUGCGAAUGGCAAUGGGAACAAAAGCCCUCCUCCCUCCUCUCCUCCUCCUUCCCCUACUCAGCCCAGUUCUCCAGUCACCUCCCCCCCUCCCGAGCUCCCUGCACUCCCUUCUCUCUCCCCCCCUAUCCAAUCUCCCCCUGACCCCCCUGCUUUCCCUCCUCCUGAUGCCCCGGUUAAUGGGAAUAGCAAUGGCAAUGGCAAUGGCAAUGGCAAUGGCAAUGGCAACGGGAAUGGGAAUGCGAAUGCGAAUGGCAAUGGGAACAAAAGCCCUCCUCCCUCCUCUCCUCCUCCUUCCCCUACUCUGCCCAUUUCUCCAGUCACCUCCCCCCCUCCCGAGCUCCCUGCACUCCCUUCUCUCUCUCCCCCUAUCCAUCCCCCCCUUGACCCCCCUGCUGCCCCUCCUCCUGAACCCCCUAGUACCGGGAAUGGGAAUGGGAAUGGGAAUGGGAACGGGAAUGGGAAUGGGAAUGGGAAUGGGAACGGGAAUGGGAAUGGGAAUGGGAAUGGUAAUGGCAACGGGAAUGGCACUAGCAAUGGCAAUGGGAAUGGUAGUGUGAAUGGUAACGGGAAUGGCAAUGGGAAUGGCAGCAGCAGUGGCAAUGGCAAUGGCAAUAGCAGCAGUAGUGGCAAUGGCAGUGGCAAUGGCAAUCCCUCCGCCUCCCCUCCUCCUGUCUCCACCCCCGCCUCAUCCUCCCCUCCCCCUCCUC